UACAGGCAGCAUUACAAGUAUAAACAGCUGAAGAAAAAAACAUAAAAUCUCAACACGAAAUUAAAUUGAAACGUAUCGGGUUUUCGGCUACGGUUUUCUUUUCUUUUUUUUUUUGCUUCGGUUUCCAAUGAUGUCGAUACCGUGGUUGCUAACGAAGAAUCCCUAUUUAAAUUUCAUACGCGAAUGCGAACUGGCAGGCAGCCAUCAAUCUCAAACGGAUAGGGAGCUAAUAUUAGAUGCCGUAGACUUGUGGCAUCGUCUCAAACCCAACGAUAAAUUACUGUUCGAGCAGGAACCCUAUUUAGCCGCUCGUCGUGCUUGUGAUCUUAACACUGAUGGCGCCCUACAAUUAGCCAGCAAAAGCCAAGCAUUAAGGAAUAUCAAAAUGUGGGCAAAACGCUGUGCAGCUUUAAGGAUGAAUGCGUGUCGGGGCAAACCGGCUGGUUCGAGGACUACACGCAAGAGGAUUAAAUCAUUGCCAAGUCGCCGCGUGGCCUCGAAAAGGAAAAAUCUCCUCAAUAGAGUGAAAAAUUCACUUUUUCUUCUUCAUCUGUAAAUCUAAUUUGUUCUUAAAUAUUGCAUAUACAUCUAUAACCCUACCCCCAACCCCCUCUACACACUCGGAUUUCUGAUUAAAAAAUUAACUAGUGUGGUAUUCUUUUAA